AUCUAUCUCACCUCAACAAGCCGUUAGAUUUCUCUCAAUAUCUUGUAAUAAUACCUCUCUCUAAAAUAUCUUCAGACCAAACGCCCAGAAAAAAAAAUUCAAAAAAAAAAAAAAAAUACUGCCACGUCUGAGGUUGAUAUGGGAUAACAAAGGUAAAAUUAGAUCACGUUUCAGUUUCAUUUUUGAAAUUCUAUUCUGAAUCUUGAGUUGUUAUCAUGUAAAAUGGUGUUUGAAAUUCUAUUUAGUGAUGGUCAAAGUCUGCAAUUUGUUGAGGUAUGGAAGACUUUGUUUUUGAGAGAUGAACAAUCCGGCAGAGAGAGAUUUCAUUUCGUAAAUCAAAUAAUUCACUAUUUCAGGUAUGAAGAUCUUAAAAUUGUCUAUUAUCAAUUUAGAUUCUUCGUCAAGGUAAACACAUAGUGGCUAUCGGUUUGCUGCUGGUGGUUCAAACUUCAAACAACUUCGGUCUUAAAUGAGAGUUGCUGAUGAAGUUUGAUGCAUUUUUUAUUCUGGGUUAUAUCUGAAGCAACUACAAUAAAAACAUGGAUCAGAUACGAAGUAAAAUGAUGCAACAUGAAGCAUUAUUUAAGGAACAGGUUCAGGCUUUGCACAAACUAUACCACAUUCAAAGAUUAGCGAUGCAGGAAAUAAGAAGUAUUUACUCUCAUGCCCAAGUGCUGGCAUAUAGUUCUGAAAGGAUAUUUGCAGAUGAUCGGUUACAUGGUUCGAUUUUGGAAGGGAAACCAUUGAGGCCAGCAUAUGCCAGUGGUCGAGCUUGCGAAGAAGAGUCACUAGCUUGCUCUUUGCAUCCAUUUUUUUUAUUCAAAGAGUUCAAAAGCUCAGCUUCAGUGUGGAUGAAUGACAGAAACAUAGAAAAUUCCCACACUGCUCGAAAGAAACCAAUGAGAAACUUUGAUCUUGAAAAACUCCCAGAAGACUUUAUGGAUGAGCCUGAGAUACAUUUUGGGUCAAACAACUCUGAAGCGGUUGAUGUGAAGUCCAUAUUGUCUCAAAGAACUGAGAACACAAAAGAUUAUUCUGUUGUUCAAGCCAAUCUGUCUUCUAUUGACAGUGAAUCUCAAAGUUUGAAGCAGAUAUGUUCAGAAACAGAUUUGAGAUUAUUUACAGCGACAUCUCAAGAGUUCAAUCAGAAUGGUGACCAGGCCUCAGAAGCCAGAGCUUCUAAAAGUGAUUUUACAAAGUAUGUUACGAAUUCUUGGAACUCUAGUAAUACCACUGAGAAGAAUGCUUCAAAAGAGGUUGAAUGGAAUUUAAGCUCGGAUAGUAGAAUUACAACCGGUUCAAAAUCAGAACAAUUGAUCAAUUGUAGUGCUGCUGGGGUUUACCUGCCCAAUAAUUGCUAUCAGGAUAAUAUUAACUUCUGCUUGGGAAACCAGAAUCUGCAAUUAUCUGCUUCAAUCUCACAAACAAUAAUGGAUGGCAGCAAUGAUAAUCCCAAGGACUCAAGUGAUGGAAGCAAUAGCGCUCUCUCCCAGGACACAACAAGCUGCAAGAACAAAAUCGACAGUGCAUAUGCAGAGGAUACUCAUGGACUUGGUGAUUCUAGUAGUGACAAAGGUAAGACAAGUAGCAAUAGAGUAGGCAUUGUUGAAUCAGAACGUGAGGAAUCACCCCAGCUCAUUCAAGAUGGUGUCAAACCUUCUUUUUGUUUAAAUUCUGACCCUGAGAAAAUGUCAAGUUUGGAUGAGGCGAUUGUAAACGAUAGCAAUGAAGAUGUAACAGGUAAAUCAGCUGAGCUUGAAGAAAGUGAAAGUAUAGCAGUAGAAAUUUUGCUUAGUUUCGCACCCUGCAGAAAGUUUACUGAUUCUAAAUUUCAUUGCUCCCAGUCUGAGGCUGAGUCAGGCAAAUCAAGCAGAGUCGACAAUUAUAAGAAGCGAAGUCUUCCUGAGAUGAGGAAUGCAAAAGAUGGUGGUAUAAUUGACUCCAUAAAAUGGGCUAAAUCUGUCAGUCGAAGAAGGACCUCGAGAAGACCACGAUAACUAGUUGUUAAAAUCACAAUCAUUUUGUGUACAGUUGUUUAAAUUCUUUCUUAUGGUACAGCUUCAAAUAGUUUACAAAUCAAUAACCCUUGCGGUUGUGCUGUUUGUAUGUAAAUCCAUUAUUGGUCUAAUCUAUUUCAUUUUACAAAAUCUGGCAACCCAUUUGCCAAAAACAGAACUUGUAACAUUGAAACUUCCCAGCAUAUAUAA